UAAUUUGCUUAAUUUAUAUGCAUUUUUCGCGAUUUAAAUUUUUAUGGGAAGAAGUUAACAGAGAUGUUCAUGUGUAGCAUCUCCUGGAACGUUUAACUCGCGCCGCUGAGAGCCAACCUGUUUACAAACGAUAAUAGUUACAUUUCAAAAUUGCUUCGGUGAUUUUGGCGGGAUAUAAAUAUAUAAUUAGUGCGCUACCUGUUAAGAAUAAAAUGAUGUAUUUUUAGUUUAUAGAGCCGAUAAUUCAUCGUCCAAGAUAAUUUUUUGUCGAAAUGAGUGAUGUAAUAUCCACUGGGGUGUAAGAUGGUAUUUAAAACAUUCUGUUCUCCAUGAAAUUAGUGCAAUGAAUAAUCCUUUAAACGAAUUCAGACCUGAAAGUUUGUGCCUUUUAAAAGAGACUCAAGAAGAUUAUUGGCGAUAUGCCAGAAAAGGUCCCCAUGACUUCUCAGUAUAUACAGAAAAAUCAUCAAUUUAUGAAACUCCUACAAAAGAAAAAUUUCGUGAAGCCACUGAUGUUUUAGUAAGAUGGACUGAUGGAUUACUCUACUUAGCAAAUAUAAUACAGGUUGAAGAUGAGUAUAGUAGAUGUGCUGUGAAAUUUGAAGAUGGAUCUCAGUUUUGGGCUUUAUAUAAGGACAUUUACAAAGGUCCACCACCAGAGGGAGAAAUUGCAUGUACUGUUUGUGAUAGUGGCUCAUCACAACCCCCUGAUGAAAUUGUGAUUUGUGACAAAUGCUCUGUUGGUUAUCAUCAACUAUGUCAUAUCCCUAAAAUUGAUUCUUCUGUUUUAAAACCUGAAGUUUCGUGGUCUUGCAGAAAAUGUAUAUUUGCAUCAACUGCUAAAAAAGGUGGUGCUUCCAGAAAAGGAACAAAUGCUCAAGCAAUGAUGUUAAUGAAAGAAACAUUACCUUAUGAUCCUCAGGUAUUAACAUGGGACAGUUCUCACCGUUCAAAUCUACAGCAGACAUAUUGCUAUUGUGGGGGUCCUGGAGAAUGGUAUUCCAAGAUGCUUCAAUGUACGAGAUGUAAGCAGUGGUUUCACGAAGCUUGCCUUCAAUGCUUAGAUGAACCUCUUUUAUAUGGAGAUAGAUUUUAUAUUUUUGUAUGCUCUGUGUGCAAUAAAGGACCAGAGUUCCUUCGGCGUCUUCCUUUAAGAUGGCCUGAUAUUGCUCAUCUAGUCCUUUUUAAUUUGUCUGUAAUGCAUGGGAAAAAGUAUUUUGAUUUUGAUACUACAAUCAUGUCUUUCCUAAAAGAGAAAUGGUCUCAAUUCCAGAUCAAAGGAGAAUCAAUGUCUCGAAUGCCUGGUGAUGAAAAAAAGAAAAAAAUGUUACAGAUUCUUCAAAAUACCAAGAGCAGGUUUACCUCGGGCAAGGAAGUGAAGAGAAAGACGCUUCUUUGGGGUCUGCGAUGCCGUGUCCCUCCUCCAAUGCCAGUAAUAUCAAUACCUGAAUCUGGGGCUAUCACAAAUGAUGUUCUAGAUUCUUUUAAUGCUUCAUAUCGCAAGUCAAAACAUAUAACCAAGUCAAAUAGCACAAUUUUGGCAAAAAGAGCACACAAACUUACCAUUCCUGUAAGUGAAUCUGCUAAAAGUGAAAGUUAUAGCAGACCUUUUAAAAAAAUUGAGAAGUCUGUUCAUUCAAGUCCAGAUGAAGAAGAAAGUAAAAGAGCUUUUUGUCAACCAAGUAAGAAGGAGAAACGAAAGUUACCACACAGACUUGCACGAUAUAGGAGACCAAAUGGAGCAAGAAAGUUUACUCGUACUACUCCACCCAUAAUUGAAAUCUCUGACAAUGAAGACACUUCAUCUUCUCAGGGCACUCUUAAUUCCAUUAUUCCGCAUCCCACUAAUUUUGAAGGAUUGAACAAUCCUUUUCUGAGCAGUUACAGCUUGAGCAGUUCAGAAUCAUCUGCAGUGCCUAACCGCCCUCAGACUCAUUUAAGGAAUAGUAAAUUGAGGAGUAAUGCUCGAAGGAAAUCUACCUUGACAGUAUAUCCACGACAGAGAUACACUGGUAAUAAGUCAUGUGAAUCUGAUGUUGGUAGGCUACUGAAUGACUCUCAAACUGUCAAUAAAGUUGCAUCAGAGUCACAAAAAUCAACUGCUGCCUCAACAGCUCCAACUUCUGACUUAAGUUCUUCAGUCAGUAAUUAUUUUGGCAUGGCAGACCGAUUAGCCAAUGGUGAGAAGUUCUCUGUUCUUGCCAAACGGACUGCUCCUGAUGGAAGUGUGCAGUAUUUAAUUGAAUGGGAAGGAUUGAAUCCAUCGUGAAUGAAGUGAUUUCGUAUCACUACAGAUAUUUGUGCAUUUAUUCCUCCAAAGUGUUCAUGAACUCUUUUGCCAAGGAAAAACUGGCUUUGAUAUUUUUAUUAAGCUAUCUUGAUAGAAGGGUCAUUUUUGAAAUGAAAUGGGACAAAUGUAAUAUAAAUAUGCAUUUUUAUUAUGUCUGAAAAUUGCUUCUGAUUAGGAAAAUUCUAAUUUACUAAAAAGAACCCUGUACUGAAUAAAGUAAUUGCUAUUUAGUAAUUUUAUUUUAAA